AUGUGCUCAGCACGAUGCUAUACCAAUCCCCUAGAAGACCCAGGCCUUGCCAUUGAGGUGCUCACCAGGACAUCCAACAACCAGAAUACAGAUUGGUACUGUGAUGAGUGCCAGAGAUCAAGAAAGAAGGCAAGUGGCUGUGGGCUGGAGAAGGCAGGAAAGCAUCUGAGGAGGCAAGGUCAAGAAACCCUUCCAACCACGAAGAUGGCUCAGACCAACCCUACGCAGGGGUCCCUGGGGCCAUGGAAGAUAACCAUCUAUGAUCAGGAGAACUUUCAGGGCAAGAGGAUGGAGUUCACCAGCUCCUGUCCAAAUGUCUCUGAGCGCAGUUUUGAUAAUGUCCGGUCCCUCAAGGUGGAAUGUGGCGCCUGGAUUGGUUAUGAGCAUACCAGCUUCUGUGGGCAACAGUUUAUCCUGGAGAGAGGAGAAUACCCUCGCUGGGAUGCCUGGAGUGGGAGUAAUGCCUACCACAUUGAGCGUCUCAUGUCCUUCCGCCCCAUCUGUUCAGCUAAUCAUAAGGAGUCUAAGAUGACCAUCUUUGAGAAGGAAAACUUUAUUGGACGCCAGUGGGAGAUCUCUGAUGACUACCCCUCCUUGCAAGCCAUGGGUUGGCUCAACAACGAAGUCGGCUCCAUGAAGAUACAAAGUGGGGCCUGGGUUUGCUACCAAUAUCCUGGAUAUCGUGGGUAUCAGUAUAUCUUGGAAAGUGACCAUCACGGAGGAGACUAUAAACAUUGGAGAGAGUGGGGAUCUCAUGCCCAGACUUCCCAGAUCCAAUCGAUUCGCCGAAUCCAACAGUAGCUGAUUAAAAGCUCCAAGUACGAUAAUUCCUCAAGCAUGAGACCUUGCUAAAACUCUAGAAUGAGUUUUACGUUCUGCUCACAGACAUUGCUUUCAAAUGUUAGCUGCUGAAAUCCACAAUAAACGUCAUU